AUCCAACGCUGGCUUCGGGGAUGAGGGGGACACAGUUGACAUGGGGAUGAGCAGAGAGCGCUCCUCCGAAACGGCCCUGUCGAGCCAGAUCCUUUCUGUGCUGCAGGAGAAGGCUGCCCCCAGGCUGAGUCUGUCGAGCCAGGAUUUGGAGGUGGGCGACAACCAGGGACCCUGCGACUCCCCUGGAGCUGUAAGGCUGGUCAUCAGGGAGGACCCCAGGGCACUGGCCGUUGCUCUGAGCUGGGAUGUGAAGAAGGUGGAAACCGUCCAACAGGCCUGUAACCAGGAGCUGAGCCUGCGUCUCCAGAAAGUACAGAGUUUGCGUUCUCUCAGGAACGUCUCAGCAAGGAGGGAUUCACUGCCUGGGAGAGCUGCCUAGUCCCAAACGAGCCAAACAAGACCCCACACGGCUGUAGCUGGAAAUACGUGAAGCAAGCCCUGCGGCCUUGGUGUAUGCUCUGUUAUCAUUCCUGCGGCCUUUUGAGCCACCCAUGCCCUACUCUGCCCACUGCCUAGAGCCGUUCCCCUGGACAGGCUAGAACACUGGAUCCACGGCCCCUCCAGGAAGGCCAGUCCGGAUCUCAACAUGGGCCCUUCCCCCGGUUUUGAACGAUACAGCUGCACCAACAACAUCCCACCUAAUCUAACGACAUGGUCUUGUGUUUGUUUAAAAGUCAUUGUGAAGGGCAGUGAAAAGAAAUUGUCAUAUUUCAAACUAUCCUUGUCCUAAAGAUAGAAAUGCAGAAUUUCAACAAAAGUAAUGGUAGAGAAGGUGACAUAAUAGAGCCUUGAUAAUAGCCACAAACUUGUUUCUCAAGUUAAUGAACUUUGUUUGUUUGUUUAAAGGCACAGAUUAAGUUUACAGACCAUAGGGACAUACAGGGAGUCUAAUUCACCAUUUCUAAUAUCUACUUCAGUAUUAUGAAAUUAUAUCUAAAACUCUUUUCAGUUUUCUAAUAUGUUUUAUCAGCAGGGGGUAUAAAAGGUCAUUAAAUUGAUUUCU